GUGGGGCUAAAGGCACAUUAUAUGCUGCGUUUCUAGAGCCUAUACUCCAGGCGCGACCUUGUAUUCUCUGCGUCUGACGUCGUCGGAAACGUUAAAAUAUGUCUAAAGAGGCCCCCCGUGAACCAGAACAGCUCCGGAAGCUCUUCAUUGGAGGGUUAAGCUUUGAAACGACUGACGAGAGUCUGCGAGCACAUUUCGAGCAAUGGGGAGUGCUUACGGACUGCGUGGUAAUGAGGGACCCCAACACAAAGAGGUCAAGGGGGUUUGGCUUUGUCACGUACUCUUCGGUCAAUGAGGUGGACGCGGCCAUGGAGGCUCGACCACACAAAGUGGAUGGCAGGGUGGUUGAGCCAAAGAGGGCGGUGUCCAGAGAGGAUUCAUGUAGGCCUGGUGCUCACAUGACCGUGAAAAAGAUCUUUGUUGGGGGAAUCAAAGAAGACACGGAAGAGCACCACCUUCGUGACUACUUUGAUCAGUUCGGAAAGAUUGAAGUAAUCGAGAUCAUGACCGACAGAGCCAGCGGCAAGAAGAGGGGCUUUGCCUUUGUCACAUUUGACGAUCAUGAUUCAGUGGACAGGAUUGUCAUCCAGAAGUACCACACCGUAAACGGCCACAACUGUGAAGUCAGGAAAGCCCUUUCAAAGCAGGAGAUGACCAGCGCUGGGAUGAACAUGAGGGGACGAGGUGGUGGAGGAGCUGGUAACUUUGGCAGAGGGGGUGGUUAUGGAGGUGGCUUUGGAGGAAGAGGAGGUGGAGGCUAUGGUGGUGGAGACGGAUACAAUGGAUUUGGUGGUGGUGGUGGUGACGGUGGUUACGGUGGAGGGCCUGGAUACGGUGGUAAUCGUGGAUAUGGUGGAGGACAAGGAUAUGGCAACCAGGGUGGUGGUUAUGGAGGAAAUGGAGGAUACGACAACUACAAUGGAGGUGGUGGUAGUGGCGCCACCGGUGGUGGCAACUUCGGGGCCGGAAACUUUGGAGGUGGUGGAAACUACAACGACUUUGGCAACUACAACUCCCAAUCAUCUUCAAACUAUGGCCCGAUGAAGGGAGGCAACUUUGGCGGCAGCGGCGGCGGCGGUGGUGGUGGCAGGAACAGCGGGGGCCCCUAUGGCGGUGGGUACGGUGGUGGCUCCAGCGGCGGGGGCUACGGUGGUGGUGGUUCUGGAGGUCGGCGAUUUUAGCUGAUGAAAAGGACUCAGUACUUAGGAGAGGAGAGCCAGAGAGGUGACAGGGAAACGACAGGCUUACAGCCAUAGAUCUGCUCAGCCAAGCACAGUCGUGGCAGUUUACAGCUGUCACAUGAAGAGACAUGUACAGUAAACUAGAGAAGAAAAAGAAAAGGAAAAAAAAAAUCAUGUGGGAGGGGUGGGGCUUCAAACAAGUGUUUGUCAAUUGCUGUCAAGCACGAUUAUUUUGUAGUUGCUUUUUCUGUGAAGUGUAAAGCAUUCCCAGGUUUUGUGUUCUUUUUGUUUUGUCUUCCUUUUACACCAAUAUGGUGUUUUUUUUAAUGUAACUGCAAGAAAUCAAGUUGAAAUAAACCCAUCUUUCAGUUUUUUUACAUUGUGCAUUUUUAUUAUUUUUUCAAGUCAAUGGUGAGAUCGAAAUUCCUUUAUGGCCAGAUGUAAAUUGGUUAAUUUGGAACACGAUUCGGGGUUGGAAUCGGCGGUUAAAAGAUUCCCAUGCAAUCAAAAGUUGUUUCAGUAGAGGUUGGGGCUAUUUUUUUUUUGGGACUGUGUCUGUUCAAUUUCAGACCGCCUGCAGCGCUCUUAUUCUGCUUAAUGAUCAGCUGAAUAUCAAACUAACAGUUCAGCCCUUGAAUUGCACUUCCUGCUCAUUCUAGCAAAACCUAGAUGAAAAUGCACAGUAUAGCAUUAGCAGUCCCAUCUGUAGUGCAUCCGUACUGAAUGGCCAGCCCCUUACAAUGCCAGACAGGCCUGCAUCUGUCUUCGGGAAAUGUUUUAGUAUGUGGGAGGGUGGGGGAUGUUUUGAAUGCAGUACAGACCUGCUCUCAGGUUCAUAGCUGGUUUGCAGUCACCAUGGCUGUUUUGGAGGCUAGCUUACUUGCAGAACGUGAGGCUAGCCUUGGAGGCCAGCUGAGGGAGAGACAUAGCAAGAUCUUCGCAAGGAGCCAGAGAAGCAGGGGACAGUCUGAGUACAGAAGGUUGCUCUUGUAAGACUAGCAAGCAGCAGCUACAAAAGGGUGUUUUUAUACCAUGCUAGUAGGUAAGAACAGAUUUUUCAACUUUGUACCUGUAAUGUUUGAACAGUGGAGUAACUGGAGGCAGGGUUUGUGUCAGACAGCAGGUUUGCUUUGAGUGAGAUUGCUACAAAGUACAUGGUUACAUUAAAAGUAUUGAUUCCCACUGUGGUUUGUGUGCCCCCAUUCUAAGUGACAUAGGAGGGGGUAAGUGGGGAAAGUAUUGGAUCUGACCAGUGAUUUGCUUUUAAAAAGCCUGCCUGGUUGAUACAAACUCGUAGUGUCAUUGCGCAUAAAUGUUGCCAAAGCACCCAGUGCCCUCUGGGAACUUGGUUGAAAAUAUUUUAACCAUUUACCAGUAAAUGUAGUUGAUAGCUAGUGUAAUGCAUGCAAAGUAGUUAGAGUAGUUUGGUAUGAGCCUGGCACUGUAUGAAUCCGUGUGCGAUAGAUCAUUUUGUUUGCAGUUUAGUUGGACUGUGUCAUGGCUCUGGCAAAUCUAUAAUCCUUGGUAAUGUUUCUUGGGAAUGUUUGCCCUCGCUUGUUGCUAAUGGCUGCCAUUUUCUCUUAUUAGGUUGCUGAUCUGGAAGCUGAUCGUGGGGUGAUGUCGCUGUUGGCAGAGCCGUUUGCAAAGAAGGCUCAUGUUGGACACUGGAGGAGUUCGUGGUUUUUAUUUAUUUAUUUAUUUAUUUAUUAUGAACAACGAAGGCUGCUGGAUGGCCUUUUACCCAUGUAAAUUUCGUUUUAUAAUAAAGUAUAUUUUUUAAGAA